GGUGACCUGGGCAGCUAUCUUCAGAAGAAGGGACGUCUAUCUCCUUCUAAGGUUUUAGGAUUUGCUCUGGAUAUUGCCAGGUAAGUCUGAUCUCUUUCAUACGUACUGAAAAAACUCUAUUAGUACAUCUGAGAUUUUUUAUUUUCAUAUUGAUAAGAUGUUCUAAUUUCUUUGGUUGUAUCCUGUUUUCGUCGUAUGAUCUUAUUUUCAGCAGCAUGAAUUAUCUUCAUGAAUGUAACCCGGACCCAAUCAUUCAUUGUCUUUUAAUGCCAAAGUAAGAAAACUAAAUGCUUUAUGAUUCUUGUAUAUUAAGUACCCAUUUUCAGUAUACUCUCUCUCUCUCUCUGUCUAUAUAAUAGUAGUCAUCUUUGCCAAGUACAGAAAGAAAAGCUCAUUGCAAGUAAAUGAAUCAUUCCUGAUAUUUCAGCUUUGGCAAAAUUUUAGCUGCUUAUUUUCUUUCCAAAACUCUUGUUUGUUGCUCGGGUGUGGAUUGUGAUCCAUCAAAACUACCUAAUGAUAGUGGUACCCAACCAUGUCAAUUUCAAACAGUUAUUGCAGAAUUUACUGUCAAUGGGACAUCUCAGCCUUUAGAGG